AUGUCUCAAUUGGAAACUACGAUAAUGGCUUAUUUUGAUAAUCGCGGACACGACUCAAGCACGCAAGAAAAAUCCGGAAAAACACUCGCGGCACUUAGUAGGUGGCGAAACCCAUGGUCGGAACACGUGGCGGAUGUCUCACUGAUCACUCAUUAUCAAAUGAGAAUAACAAAACUUGCGAGGAGACAGCCCAGAAUAGAGAAGAUCAGAGAUACUCUACAUAGAUUCGUGGCAAAAAAAUACAGCGAAGCACCUGUGAGCCUGCUUCAUCUCUUCCAGGAUGCCUUGUCGAACAAACAAGGCGAUAUUGUGAAAGCCUUGGUUUAUUCAGAUAGGCCAAUCCUUAAAGCUGCUGACUCGUACCAAACAACCGCUCUUCAGAGCCUUUGUUGGAGCUUUCGAGAAUCCAACACUGAUGUGCUUCAAACCCUAACUGACCAUGGAAUGAAUAUCGAUGCACAAGAUAGCUUUGGUAACACUCCUUUACACAAAGCUAUGGUAUCCUGGAGAAAUAAGUAUACCUUGCGGGACACACCUGCUGCUGUAGCAUUAUUGCUAAAAAAUGGAGCAAAGAAAAAUAUCUGCAACGAGAACGGCGUAACUCUAAUUCAACUGGCGUUGCUUUCAGGACAUGUGGAAGCAGUCGAAUUAUUCCUGACAAAAGAAGAGGAUGUCCAGGAAGUCGAUGAAACGGAAAGAACUCAACAUAAUGACGUAGAAGCAUUCGAAUAUGUUCUACACAAUUAUGACUUUGAUGUAAAUGCAACCAAAUAUGGACGUACGCUGUUGCAUCAUGUUGUUGAGGUAAAUAUGACAUGUUCAGAAACGAAACCACGAAUGAUUAAAUCUUUGGUUGAUAGAGGCGCUAAUCCAAAUGCCAAGGACUAUGAUAAAGAUACUCCAUGUCUAUUAGACUGCAGAGCUUACAUAAACUUUAAAGUAAAAUACAACUAUACAAUUUUAAGACCUCUCCAUUGUGCUAUUCAUAAAGGCCAUUUGAAAAUUGUGGAAUUGCUGGUCAACAGAGCAGCUGCCUUAGAGGCUAAAAGUGCAGAAGGCCAAACUGCACUAGACUACUCUUGUAAAAGAGCAAAUUUAGAUACAGUGAAGCUGCUCUUGUGUCGAGGGGCUAAAAUUAACAAAUCAACCCUACAUCUUGCCAUCGAAGGAUAUGAUCCUGCUGUUGUUAAACUGCUUCUAAAAGCCGGUGCUGAUGUCAAUUAUAGACGUAAAGUAAAGCAUCGUAAAUAUACACGUAGGAAGACACCAUUGCAAUAUGCGAUUAUUAUACAAAAUGACAGCUUGACGACUUUCGACAUUGUAGAUAUAUUGUUGGAGAAUGAUGCUGAUGUUAAUACUGCAGAUUCAACGAUUAUGAAGACACCACUUCAUCUAGCCUGUUUCUCUAAUCGUGAGGAUAAAUGA